AUGGAGGCCGCACGAGGAGCGUUCGAUAUGCGCAACCACUGGUACCCGGUGGCCUUUGCCAGCGAGCUGCCACGAGGGGCGGCGGCGACAGGGUCGAGGCCGACCGACCCCUACGGCUUCCAGCUGCUGGGCGACCCCAUCGUCCUGUUUCGGGACCAGCACGGCGCGGCCCAGUGCGUGCAGGACAAGUGCUCCCACCGCUCGGCUCCCCUCUCCGUCGGCACCGUUCGCGAUGGCCGCCUCGAGUGCAAGUUCGGGAGUGGUGGCAAGUGUGAGUCGAUCCCGUCGGAGCCGACCACCAGGCCCGGCAAGCCCUUCUGCGUCUACGCCUAUCCCACCACCGAAGUCUACGACUUGGUGUGGGUGUGGCCAGGGGACCCGGAGAAGGCGUCCGAGCAGCACAUCCCCCACCACCUCUUCAAGGAGUACCGCGACAAGAGCUGGGGCAAGGACACCGUCACCCGCGACUUUGACAUUGAACAUGGGCUGUUCAUUGAGAACAUACUGGACCCGUCCCACCUGCCCUUCACCCACGACGGCACGCUGAGCAAGCGCGCCAAGGCCGACGAGAUGAAGGUCGAGAUGCUCUUCGACAACGUGUUCGGCCAGGCCCCCGCGCCUCGCAGCUCAGCCGACGAUCACCAGACCGACGCCCACUCCCACUUCACCCUCGGGUUGCCGGAGGGUUUCUAUGGGAUGCAGGCGCAGGCGGUGUGGCCCGCGGACGCGUCGCGGCCGGCGCAGCGGUUCACGUUCCAGACGCCGUGCGUGGUGCGGCUCGACCUGCAGACGUCGACGACCAAGAAGCGGCCCGACGGCUCCUAUCCGACCAUGAUCCAGCUCCACUUCUGCGUGCCCGUCAGCCCCACCCGGUUCCGCGUCAACACCAUCUUCUUUCGCAACUUUGCGACGAAGUUUACGGCGUCGGGCGGGUUUCCGCUGGGGAGUCACCUGAACCGGUGGUACGCGGACAAGAUCAUGGACCAGGACGUGGAGCUGCUCACGGGCCAGAUGGUCAACCUCCUCAACGCGGCCAAGCCCUGGAACACGGUCGUGCGGGCCGACAAGAUCGCCGCGCGCUACCGCCGGUGGCGCGACCAGGCCGAGCUCACCAACCCCUGGUUUUGCGGGUUUCACCAAUCGGCCGUGCCGGACAUUGAGGAUCUCAUCGCCGCUGGCGCCGAGAAGGCGGAGACGGACAGUGUCGAGUCGGGCUCAGGGGGGUCGAGGGCCGCGCUGGUGGCCGGGCGAAGAAGGAAGGUGGAGCACGCGACGCCGCCCAUAGUCACCGGACCCUACCCGCGCUCCGGCGCAGAAAGAGACCUAUCGACGCUCUUGAUGCAAUCCGGGGGUGUGCGCUUCAAACCGCGGACGCGCAUUGCGCUGGUGCCGCGCGGGGUGAGGCUCGCGGCCGCCGCCUUGCUAGCCCUUCUCGCCCUGCUUCUCCUGGCGUGGAGCUCAGGCGAUCAGCCCCGUAAUAGAUUGGCCCUUGUUUGGUAG